CACCAACUGGUAAGAUAUUCAGUGUCUGAGCGUUAGUCCUGAUAAACGCGUGCUCAGGAUGACUAACAAUGAGACGCCUGCACCCUAACAUUACCUCUAAUACUCCACGGCAACCCCAUCCUCCACAGUGGAUCUCCAUACGACUGGUGCGAGGCAGGGCAAAGAUUACCAACAGACUUGCUUCUAGGUCAGGUCGAGGCCUUCAUGACGAUGUAUACUGCUUUCGCUCUCUGACCUUUGGCCUAAAGGCCGCGACUGCAACUUGAAAAGUGCUAGCCCAAACAUCAACGCUCGGUCGGUGCUCUAUGUAUGUGUAGCUCAGUCAUGGCUUUGAAGCGCCUUCAAGUCCUUUCCAACAUCAUUUAUCACUCCUGCCAGCUACAACCACUCCAUACAUCAACUACAUCAACUUUCAUGCCAUUGGGCAUUUGCAUCAAUCCCAUUAUAAGUCUCUUUGAUGAGAAGGUUCAUAUCAGAAUUCAAGGACUACCUGCAGAGACCAAAGUUACUGUAAAGGCAUCAGUAGAACAUGAAUGGAAAAGACUACCAGUCACAUUUGUAUCAUGCAGCCAUUUUAUCACUAGUCUUGCAGGGGAAGUGGAUCUUGCCAACGAUACCUCCCUUGGGGGUUCUUACACAGGGGUAGAUCCAAUGGGAUUGUUCUGGUGUUUGGUUCCUGAUCCUUCAGGUUCCCAAAACAUUCGUUUAGUGGUCAAAAGGGUGGAACAGUCGUUGACCUUUGUCUUUUCUGUUUACCUGGGGCAUCUCUCUCUACAAGAACUUCACACAUCAAACAAUCCUGUGUGUAUGACCAAUGUUACUCGCACAUUCAUGGCUCCUGGUGUCCGGAGACUGGAAGUCAGGGAUGGUCGCUUGAGGGGAAUACUUUACCUACCUCCAGGAGAAGGACCCUUUCCUGGGGUGAUUGACAUGUUUGGUUCUUCUGGUGGGCUGAUGGACCUACGUGCAGCACUACUGUCAUCCCAUGGUUUUGCAGUCCUUGCUCUGCCUUACUUCAAAUAUGAAGAUCUUCCAACAGAGUUGGGGGAUGUUGACUUUGAGUACUUCAAAGAGGCAUCCUGGUGGCUCUGCAACCACAAUGCAGUGAGAAACAAUGGAAUUGGUGUCAUUGGAGUCUCAAAGGGUGGAGAGCUGGCACAGUUAAUGGGGUGGCUGUUUCCAGAGGUGAAAGCUGUGGUAACCAUCAAUGGACCUCCAGCGUACACAUAUAUUGACCUGAAAUGGAAAGGAAGAUUAUUCAAAAAGGGAAUACCGAUUGACAGCAAUUUGCUUCAAAUAAAGGAAGGUGGUUGCUCAUUGAGAGAUGUAUAUAACAUUCACCCACAAGAUUUCAUACCAGUGUGGGAAAGUGGAGCCCAUGUCCUGGCCCUUGUUUCAGAUGAUGAUGGACAGAUAAGCCCACACUGGGCUGAUGAAUGGAAAAAGUCUUGUCCAGCAGAAAAACAGCAGCUGCUAGACGUGGUCCACUACCCAGGAGCUGGACACUUGCUGGAACCACCCUACACUCCUCACUGUAGAGUUUGCAUCAAUCCUUCUUAUGGUAUUAACAUGCUUUGGGGAGGUAGUAGAGAAGAUCAUGCAAGAGCCCAAGAAGAUUCCUGGCAAAGAAUUCAAGACUUUUUACGAAAACAUCUAAUGUCUUAGUCCCAUAAUCAACAUUCUUUGUGUUAAAUGUUGUACAUAACCACCAGGUCUGUGAUUUUCUGUGUUAGAAGAGAAUAAGUCUUUUGUGAGUCAUGGAAAACACCUUAGUGUUCUGACAUGAUUUUAAGAUUAUAUUUUCCUAAUCCAAAACAUUAUUUUUCUUGUCAUAACAUAGUAGGAUGUUUUGAUGUGAAUGAGAAAACUUUCUUCCUGCAUCCUCAGAUACAAGCAGGCAGAAAGUUGGCAAAUGAGCAACUGUCUCUUUACUUUGAGUGGCAUCAACAUGCCAUUAGAUACCUUUUUCCAUGUUUUUGGUGAGAUGUGGAGAAGGUUCCACAUCUCGUCUUCGCUCUGCCCUUAUCUACCUCUCGCUACUGUAGAUCUUAAAUCUUGUUUGUGGUAGGCUUCACCUGACUACAUGAUACACCACCUUCAAGUAUUAAUAGUGGUAAUGCUUCAUCUGGCAACGGGCGAUGCCUCUAUACUUCUGUUAUUUAAGGUUUGGAAUAAGCAGAGUAAAUAAUCUUUUAGUUAUCACUGUUAUGUAAAUUUGGUAUUAAUGUGAUUAAUAUGAGAAUUAGACAUAUUUUUUGCUUUUCUCCUAGUGUGAAACUCUGAAGAAUGCACAAUCUGUUGUUUCGCCUGAUUUGUAAAGAAUUUUUUUCAGAGAAAUAAAGUCUUGCUCUGAA